AUGAUGGUCCAACACUCAGGCCAGGUAUCUGCAUUAGAAGUCAGCGCCUCCGCAAUUGUUCCCACUUUGUCCCCCGCAGGGUCACUGGGGUUUGAUGAUUUCACAAAUUUAACCCCACUGGUGAAAGAGGAACUGAGGUUCACCAUCCAGAAUAAGCGUCAGUCCCACAGGAUGUCUUCUACAUUGGACACGGUGACAGUUUCUGAAAGGCCAAUUGAAACAUCAAUCAUGAAAACAGAGUUUUCCCCUGAAGAGGAUGAAAGAAAAAAGAGAAGAAGGGAAAGGAAUAAAAUUGCUGCUGCAAAGUGCCGAAACAAAAAGAAGGAGAAAACAGAAUGUUUGCAGAAAGAAUCAGAAAAGCUGGAAACUAUCAAUGCAGAAUUAAAAGCCCAGAUCGAAGAGCUAAAGAACGAGAAGCAGCAUUUGAUAUACAUGUUAAAUCUUCACAGGCCCACUUGUAUAGUUCGGGCACAAAACGGAAGGACACCUGAAGAUGAAAGGAAUCUUUUUAUUCAACAGAUCAAAGAAGGCACAUUACAAGGUUAAGUGAUACAGCAACUAUGGAAAUAUUUAUAGUGGUUUUUAACAACUACCAGAAUCCAUGGAGGAUCUGACAUAACGUGUAGGAUUCUAUUAGUCAAGAGCCUUUAGGAAGGGCAGAUUGCUUUAAGCAGGAAGGAUCAUUUUGGCUUGACAGCGAUUCUUCCCCUUGGAAGAUCUGGUCUCAAUCAAAUUGAAGAGUCUUCUGCCUCAAAUAUAGGUUUUGCACCUGGCAUACUUGCUGUUCCUAGGAGCUACAGACAACAGCUUCAGAAGUUUUAGCUCUCUGCUAGUAUACAGUAUCUGCACUCACAACGUUUGUGCUAGAACACUAUGACUUCCGAAGAUGCACGUGGUACAGACAGCUGUGCUGGAUGGACACUACUUCUCCUUGUGGCUAGUAAGGAAGGUGGACUGAGAGUAUUUUUAGUUUCCAGGAGGAUGGUUUCAUGUACUGAAAUGUAAUGUUGCAUU